AUGUCAUCAGUUUUAAAGCAUGCCCGAAGCCUUUCGGGAGUAUCGCGGCUAAGAGCAGACCUGCUCAAUAGUCAUUUAUACAAGGCAACAUCCCGUCAAAACCCUAAGUUUCCCGUACAAUAUUCGCGCAAUUCACUGGCUGGCCUAAGCCUAGGCAGCUUCCGUUCUUUUCAGUCCACUGCGUUCCUCAACGUGCCCGAGUCACCUGCAAUCGACAAUCGACCCUCACAACUCGAUGAUUACUUCAAUAACAAAUGGUCAGCUCCCUCACUCGACGAACAACGGGCAAGAGUACCCCAAGAUCGGGCCAAUAGCUCAUCCGGAGAGAAAAACCUUGAAAACCCCACCAGCAUUAGGGUGAAGCCCAAGCCCGCCGAAUAUCUAUCUAAAGCUUUGCGGAACACUGGCCACGCCCUUGGAUAUUGUGGUCAACCAGCCGGGAUUGACCGGGCUCACUCCAAAUAUGCACCCCAAACAUCGAACGAGUUGAGGACAGUUGGUCGACCAAAAAAGCCGUCACUGCCGGUAAUUCUUGGGGAGUACAUACGAGAGGUAGACCCGUUGCUUUCGUCUGCGUCGGAUAAACUUUCGGAAAAGGAUUUGGAUAUCGCUCUGCAGAAAGUGUGCAGAAACACAAGUCAGGACUACUUAUCGUCGCGUGGCUACGAUGCCGCUGAUGUGGCUGCGUGGGCCUGGAUCAUGAAGAGCCCGAAUCCGCAUGAGGCAAUGGUACGGCUAUUCUUGUUAGAAACCGACAGAGCCAAGUCUGGCGCCACUACUCCAACCGUUCCACCUUUUAUUCCACUCUAUCUCUUGAGACAGCAAAACCUCGACGCUCACACGUUCCGUUUGCUCUUGAUCCACUCUUUACAUCUCAUGAGCGGACAUGCCUUCUCCAUCUCUGAAAUCCCUGCUGUUGCUGCCGAACAUGACCCUGAGCUAUCCCCCGAGGACUUCCGCCCUCAAAUCGAUUCUGGCACCUGCAUGAUUUUGGUAGUUCGCCUAAUUCGUCAUGCUCGGCGCGUGUGGCCUCAAUCGCUUCUUACUAUUGCACGUGCAUUCGCUCGCUUCCUCUCGGCUCCAAGGACAGAUGCUGCCGAAAGGUCAGUUUUGGCGACUCAGCAUGACGAUCGCGUCAAAACUGUCAAAUUCAAUGAUUGUCUUUGGUUACUUUCAAUACCAGCCAACAUUGCUCCUUACCGCUCAACGUCUAUCCAACAGCAAGCCCAAUUUGAGCUUCUUCGAGCCAUGGCUACACACAAGCCCGUCCUUCCCGUCACAAGGCAAGGAUAUCGAGCUGUCGUUGCAGUGCAACUGGCCCAUAAGAAAACCUUUGAAGAACGCCAGUCUGCUGAACUAAAAGCUCCGUCAUGGCCUCCAUGGAAGGAAGAGAAACUGGGUAUUGACUCCCAGCGCGGGAAUGAAGGAAUGUUCAGUCGUGCGAUGCAGGUACUUUCCCAAAUGAAAGAUGCUGGCUAUUCCCACCGUCUUUGGGAGGACAUAUCCUCGAUUUUGGCGGGCUGGGACACAGAUCGCAGCCCGACGGUGCAGACGAGAACUAUGAUGCGUCGCCCGCAAUCUCUACCGGACAGACAUGGAUCGAAGUCAAACCAUCAUGAAAUGUGGGUUGCUCGCAUUCGCUCUACGAGGACUGUCCGCGAGGCUUGGGCGUGUUUUCUUUCCUAUCAAGACCAUGGAUUGCCCCCGAAGGGUGCCAUCUACGCUGCCAUGGCCGAGAAGUUAAUAUACCGACGAAACGCCAUGGAACGUGAUUUUGACCAAAUGAGUCAUGUUCUGCCAGGCGAUAGCCGCGAAGUUCACCCCGAACCGGCUUCUGCUCGUGACAUCAUCUAUGUGCCUACAGAGCCACCUACUGUAGAUGAGUUCCUUGAUCAGAUGCACGCACAGGGGCUUCGGCCUUCUGGGAGAUUCCUCGGCCUACUACUUCAGUCGGCUACUUCUCUGCGUUCCGGGUUACAUUAUCUCCAAUGCAGUAGCCUUACAGGUGCUCAAAUCGAAGCGCUCUCUAUUGUGCGGACGAAGCCUCGCAAGUACCGCAAUUUGGACCUAGAAGCUUUUCAUGAAUUGCCGGACUUGGUAUUUGCAUCGUUCAUCAAAUUUCUAUGUGCACAUUCAGAUAUUACCAGUCUGGAUGAUGGGAAUCGAAGCAUCCUCACAGCGGAUCGUUUCCCGGCCUUGAUAGCUGCCGACUGCUCGACCAGUGCCAAAGUUGACCUUGUCGCAUAUUCUGAGGAACACACAGGAAGCAAACAUCACCCAAGGGCUUUAUGGCACGCAAUCCAAUUGACCAAAUUACGCCGUGCUCCUUACACCCCGACCUGGACCCACAUUCUAUCUGCCCUGACCCGCGAGCGCCUCACUGGGUAUUAUGGCUCCAGAAGCCGAAGCCUUCAGCGCAUACUGUCAUGGCACCAGGCCCUCAGAGCAUUGAGUUGGAUGCGGCAGCGUGAUGUCGAAAUUGGCGAGGAAGGGUUCCGCAUUUUAUGUGUGGCGUUUACAAAAGCCAUUGAUGCCGCUCUUAGACACCCUGGCACUGCCGAACAAAGCUUUAUGUUGAUUCAUAAGGCUCGUAUUCGUCGUGUCAAGGCUGGAAACGAAGGAGAUGACGAUGUUGAUGCUUUGAUGCAGCAUGCACUGCAUGUUUUGAAGCAUCAGUUUGAUCAUUUGGUUCUGCCAGCCUCCAAAACUUCGGUUCAUGCGGAGCGAAGUAUCUUUGCGGCAAAUCCUGCUUCGGACGCACAGCUCAAUGUUCCCUCGAUAUUGCAAAUACCAUCACCUGCUACGCUGCAUGCCUUUGUUCGGGCUAUGGGCUCCGCAGGAGAUGACGAAGGAUUAUUACAUCUGCUGCAGUGGAUGAGUCGGUCAGCUGACCUACUGAAAGAAGCUGCAGAGGAACAUGCAAAUGGAGACAAAAUGAUGCGUCGAACCCUUGUGGCGAUCAGGGUGUUUUUGGAAAGACGACAGCAACGGAUUGACACGCGGGUAGCAUCGGACCUGAUCGUGGAGGCAUACGACCUUAUCAGCCGGACAGGCUGGGACUGGCCGAGUGAUGCGGAGGUUACAGAAUAUUGUCAGUGA